AUGGCCAGCCCGCCAUUCAUGGUCGAAUCGGCUGAGAUCGAAAGCUGUUGGGAGCAGCUGCGCAAGCUACUAAAGCACGAGUACGAACAGACUGCGCUCAACGAGAUCCAACAGUCUGUCAACCUACAUGAAGGCCUUGAGGAUAUCCUUCACCUCACCAUCGACGCAGAUGGUUCCCCGAUACCCACUAUUGAUAGUAUCAAAUCGAAUUUGGGAGUUGCGCGGGAUGUCAGCAAGGAAAUCAAGGAAGCUACAAAAGCCUACAAUGUCGCUGUAUGCCGUACUAUCGGACCUGCCGUGUACGGAAGAUUACCCCGAGAACUCCGCGAUAUGAUCUACGGGUAUUUGACUACGCGUCUAACGUAUAUCUGCUUCGAAGAUGUAAAAUUUGUCUUGGACAAUGCCGAUACGUAUUCUAUCUGCCCAGAGUGCUACUGGCGACCCGAUGUCAUCGGUUCUGAAGUAGCUCAUGAGCUCAGAGAAUCUUGGUACCGGGACACGACGUUCUACGUCGAGCGCGAUCAGUCCACCGAGUACCUGGUCAACAAAGACUAUUUCAACGCAGGUCUGCAACCCCGCGAACUCAUCACCAACCUCAUACGCCGAAUCUGGAUCGAGGAAAGAGAGACAGAAGCAGCAAACGCGCAGAUCCUGCGAUAUCUCGACGAGCUGUUCCUGUUGAGGACAGUUACACAUUUAUGUGUUGAUUUGAACAUGUCUAACCUCAGGCUCAUUGACAAGGGUAGGAUGUUCAGGGGAAUUCUGCAGCUUAUACGUCCGACGAUUCUACGUCUGCGAAGAUCAGGUUAUCAGUGUAAAAUCACAACAAGCGACGACCGAUUUGGGGAAGGCAUGUUUCUUGGUACUAUCAAGCAGUGGGAGGACGAGCUUGAAAGGGAGAUCGAGAGGGGCGAUAGUACUGCGCGAAGCGGUGUCUAG